CGUGCGAAAAUCAACAUGGUCAGUUCGGCUUUUGCUAAACAAGUGGACGACAGCGCUCAACCUCCCAGGACACUCCACAAGAUGAAGCGCGCCUUUGCCACCCUCCUCGUUUUUGUUUAUUUGAGCGUCGCUAAAUCCAUGGACCUGCACUUUAUGGACGAAAUGCUGGAGUGCGGCCACGAGAUGGGCAUGGACACUGAGCAAAUCAGGAACGUGCUGUUGACCAAGGACGACGAGAAGUUGGGCUGCCUGAACGCCUGUGUCCUGAAGAAGCUCGGAGUUAUGAUUGAUGGGAAAUUGCACGAGGAGAACCUCUACGAGGUACUGGAGAAGCACAAGGACACCAUAUACAACUUCGACGAGGUCAAGGAAGCCGUGGAAGACUGUUACGAUGAAGUCGACGAAGCGGAGGACCUGCCCGAGUGCCAACUGGCCCGCAAGUUCUCCAUAUGCAUGGACGAGCAUCUGAGCACCAGCUAAGAAGCAACGGAACAAGCAUGUAUACCAACAUCAACGGCACAUCGCGCCCACACCUCUACAUAUACAUACAUAAUGUACACACCCAAUUACACGCCGCUUAUAACUUAUACUUACCUGGUGGUACUCUCCGACGAUGGCUAAUUAUGUGUAUCCGCGUACGCCCGUAUGCACCGGUUAUGUAAAAGGCCAAUAAAGUAAUAAUCCUAGUAACA